GCUGCGGUGGGGCGGAAGCGGCCCGGACGGCGCGCAAGAAAACGAAGCGAUUUCUGGUGGAGCGCAGGCGUGUGCUGACGGAAGUGAACGGAUAUCAGAGCCAAGACAUGGAGGCGGAUGGCACCGGCGGCCACAUCGGCUCUGCCAACUUAUCUGACGUCCGCGUCGCUGCCGCUACCUUCCAUGCCGGCGUGGGCGGAGCUGCCAGCUUCCAGGAUCUCGAGACCAUCGCCAACGUCUCCAGCUCUGGGGGACCGCCAGACAACAGCACGAGCCUUGCAGUCCACUGCACGUCUGCACCGGGCAUUCCUUCCACAGCGCAAGUGCUCGCAGACCUGGGGCCGUACCUCAUCACCGUGUGGGUGCUGGUCGGCCUGGCGGUGCUGCUUCUGUGCGGGCUCCUCGUGAGGACAGCUGUCCUCGUGGGCAGACGCGCGCCCCAGCACUGGUACAGCAACAUCAUCUGGGUGAACUCCACUUAUGCGUUCAUGUGUCUGACAGCCCUGGGCAGCCUGGUCGUUCCUUCAUCAGAUGCCUUUCUGAGCGCCAUAGGUGUAAUCUACAUGGGUAUCAGCCUGUCCAAGCUAGUCGACCUGUGCGUACUGUACUUCGACGGCGAGGCGACGCUGCUGGCGACUGUCGGCGAGGCUCACGUGCCCUUGGCCAGCCCGCCCGUCUGCUGCUGCUGCUGGCGCUGCUGCCCUCGCGUGGCCUUGAAAAAGUCCAGCCUGCGCAUGGUGACGCUGCUGACGCACCAGGUGCCGUACAGCCAGGCUGCCUGCUUCAUCAUCUCGCUCUACCUCUACACAGCUGGGGUCUAUGGAGGCGGACAGGCUCCCAACGCUCGGGACGAAAUGUCGGCGGAGCUGCCUGGAGGCGAGCUGGACCAGCGCACGAGCGUGGCAGACCGCGUGUCCGUGUGUCUCACCGUCUUCAACACGACCUCUUUCAUGGCUGGCAUGUACGGGCUGAUCAUGUUUGAGAAGAUGACCAGAGGUCACCUGCCUGACUACCACUAUCAGACUAAGUGUAUGCUGAUGAAGUUCACACUGGUGAUCACCAAGCUCCAAGAGCUCAUUUUCAACAUAUGCAUCAAGAACGGAGCUGUGUCUUGCACGGAUUCAAUGACCCCAGAAGUUUACGGAGCCUUCCUGCGGAACAUCGCCGUGGCCGCCGAGAUGACCGUGUUCGGUCUGCUGACCCACCGGACCUACCUCGACGGCCGCCAGUACCGCGGCGUCGCCAAGGAGGCGGACGCGGAGGCGUCGACCCAGCGAGCUCUCACGCCGCAGCUGCGCCCGCUCACUGGCAUGGAGGAGGCGGGCAGCAAAUGAGCGCUGUCAGCCCGUCCCCUCUCCCUCCCCCUGUCCGUAGGGUUUGGACGGCGCAGUGCCCCGCCGUUAGUGGCAUUGUGUGGGUGAAUGAAUGCUGUUCCAUGGCUGGUUUUUAUAGUGGGGUACUUUGCUGGGAUGUUCUUGUGUACUGACAUGCGUUCUUCAUGACGAACACCGUGCAAACACGCUGAAGUUUUGUGAAUUUGUGUCGGCGAGAAUCUUGAAAACCAUUAAAGUCUAGCCGUUUGUUUUGUGGAUGUUGCCUCGCGCUUAAGGCUAUGCGAGAAAAUAAUGUUUGCUUCUUGUAAGGUCAUGUUUUUAAAAAUAAACUCACCUC